GUAUCAAACCGUGUUAACGUCGCGAGAGAGCUUACACAGUUGACGUAUCUUCGCAUAUUAGUCAGGAUGGAUCUCCGAGUAUUAGUCCCUUUACUCGCGAUAUUCCUUUUUGCAAGGUGCCACAAGAAUGAUAGCAGAGAAUUUAUACCACAGAAUCAUAUCAUAGUACAUUCAAACGCGAUUGAAACGGAAAACAAGACGACCGACGCGGCGCAAACGUUGCCGAGUUUGUGCACCGUGUGCAAUUGUACAGGCCGCUACAUAAACUGCAGCAAUCGAGGUCUGGAGACUCACUUCAACGACAGCCAAUGGCCGGACAUAAAGGCGGUGGAGGUCUCGUUCGAGGGCAAUCAGUUGGUGCACGUCACGGCUUUCCCGAGGAUAGUCGUCGAGCGAUUAAUUCUGCGGAAAAAUCACAUCGCCAAGAUCGAUUAUCACGCCUUCAAAGAGCUCGUUAAUCUCACCGAGCUAGACCUGAGUCACAAUCAGCUCACGUCGGACCUACUGCAGCCGCACGUAUUCGAGGGCAAGUUUUCGCCUGAAGCGUACGAGCCUUUGUCGGACUUGAAAAUUUUGAAUCUGGCUGGUAAUUUACUCAAAUCGCUGCAUCAGAGUCUAUUUGAACAUCUUGUUGGCGUGAAGGUGUUGAAUCUUUCUGAGAACCCUUUCAGUAUGUUCGACUAUCGUACCUCUAUAGCGAUCAGUAGCUUAUCGUAUUUGGAGGAAUUGGACAUUAGUUAUUGUAGAUUGAAGACACUUCCUACUCUUCAGUUUCAUAACGCCAAAUAUUUAAAGAAAUUGAACCUGGCCGGUAAUCAAUUCAUUCAUAUGCCCGCACCUUUGGGAAACGCUGUGGCAUUGGAAUAUCUCCGUCUGGAUAACAAUCCGAUAAAGGUUAUCGAUCGCACGAACACUUUUCCAAACUUGACGCAAUUGAAGGAAGUCAGUAUGUGCUAUAUGCAGAGUCUAACGACGAUCGGGAACGGUGGAUUGUCGGGAUUGAUCAACUUGGAAAGUCUCUACGUGCAAAACUGCCCAAAAUUGAAGAAGAUCAACGAUUAUGCAAUGUUAUACAAGACGUCCGAGGGCGAGAUGUGGCCACCGUUAAAGAAGCUGGAUAUAUCGGAUAACGCUCUCCGAUAUUUGCCAGCCAUGCUCGUAGGCAGAUGGGACCAGCUCGAAGAAUUGGAUCUGAUGAACAACGAAUGGAGCUGCGAUUGCAAUAAUCAAUUUCUGAUCGGCAUUUUGCUGCCGGAAUACGGCAAGCAACUGAUGGGAGACGAGGUCGGUGAGCUCACCUGUUCCGCGCCGCCAGAACACAAGGACAAGAAGCUCACGUCCUUGGCAAAGUGGCAUCUACGCUGCCUCGAUUUGUACGACGCGCGGCCGGAGAGAGAUGCCGCGAUACUCGUGGGUAUCCUGAUCGGCCUGCUCAUCGCGAUCCCGGUCGGCUUGGUGUUCUUCGUAUUGUGGCGACGCGGCUUCUUCUUUUGCGGCCCGCAGGGACCCGCCAGCUUCUCCCGUGCCUUUUACAAGCGUGCGUCUAACGACGACGAUAUCUAAUUACUAUUAACGUAAUCGACCCGCAUGCUUCUUGAUAUCGCGUUCAUCACAUCAGGAAGUUUGUAGUCAUUCUAAAAGAAACUAUUUAGCGUCAAGCAUCGAAUCAAUCUAGUCUAAUGCUUCGAGUGUACAUACUCUUUUUGCCUAUUUCUAUAUUUCUAACUUUUUGCGGCUCGAAUUGUCUUUGGCGUUUCUUUCCAGCCGACCGGUGCAAACUUGAUCCGGACAACAUCGCGUUGUUGAAACAACGCAACAAUGCGCAGUAUUUAUAUCAAGCGUCAAUGCGCACAAAAUGAAGAUAAGACUUAUAAGAGCCGUGCGCUGGAUGUUAGUGCGAAUAAAUCUGAUAAGGGAGGAUAAUAAUAUUUGUUGAACGCACGCGCCGCGAGUAUUUUUCCGGUCUUACGACGUACACGGUGAAUUGGCCCUUCUGAAUCUCAAUUAUUAUUAUUUAAUUAAUUCUCCCUUUUAAAAUUUUUAGUUGCGCAUUUCGUUUUGAGUUCUAUUUAGAGUUGGCCGAAAGAAUCGGAAAGAAACGCACAAUCGGGAGUUUUAAAUGGGGGAAUUAAUUAAAUAAUAAUAACUGAAAUUCAAAGGAUAUCAGUUUGACGUGGGAUUGACUCACCUGUCUCAUGUCUACGUUCUGAGAACGUCCUCAGGUCACCUUUUGGAGAUCUUGUAUUGUUUGAGAUGUCAUAGUUUUUAUUUCCAAUUUCAAUAACCAAUUCUUAGUUAUGCGGACCUACACGAUAUCAUAGAUUAGCGUUGCAAUUUGUUGCAUGAAAAAAUGCGUUUUUGAAGCAACAAAUCGAAUAAGUCAGCGCAACCAAGAAUUUAUUCUUGAAGCCAGAAAGAGAAGCUAUGCCAUAUUUAAUUAUUUCGACACAUUUAAUCAUUCUUCUUCUUCCGUGUACAAGAGGUGGCUUAAAGAGUCGGCUGGAACGAAACGCGACGUCGAGUCGCAAAGGAUUAAGAUAUCGCAAGUCACCGUGUAUUUUUUAUUCUAAUGAGCAUUAACGGAACAGAUAGUGCAUCGCGUGUCACGUAGCGCACAUACACGACGUAUUACGGUUCUAUAAUAAAGAACUCGAAAAUGAA